GUGCACUACAGGGUUUCCUACCGGAUGUUGCUACGUGUUCAGUUUGAAGCAGGAAGUUCUAAUUUGGUACUGACGAAGGUAGAAGGGGUGCUAACGUUAUCAAGACUGCUGUCGGAGGGAUAACCGGUCUUGCAGCAAUAUGUUGCCGACCACCUCCUACCCCCCUCAGAGCCAUGGCAACGGUAGCCUGGGCUCCCGCGACGCCGUUCGCCACACGGCGGGGGCCAAGCGCUACAAGUACCUGCGGCGGCUGCUCCACUUCAAGCAGAUGGACUUUGAGUUCGCCGUGUGGCAGAUGCUCUACCUGUUCACGUCGCCGCAGAGGGUCUACCGCAACUUCCACUACCGCAAGCAGACCAAGGACCAGUGGGCGCGCGACGACCCGGCCUUCCUGGUCCUCCUCAGCGUCUGGCUCUGCGUGUCCACCAUCGGCUUCGGCCUCGUUCUGGACAUGGGCUUCGUGGAGACGCUGAAGCUGCUUCUGUGGGUGGUGUUCAUCGACUGCAUUGGUGUUGGGCUACUCGUCUCCACCCUCAUGUGGGUGAUCACCAAUAAGUACCUGAUAAAGCAUCCCAGUAAGGACUAUGACGUGGAGUGGGGUUAUGCCUUUGAUGUCCACCUCAACGCCUUCUACCCUCUACUGGUCAUCCUCCACUUCCUCCAGCUCUUCUUCAUCAACCAUAUUGUGUUCAUCAAUUCUGAUUGGUUCGUGGGUUAUUUUGUGGGAAACACCAUGUGGCUGAUUGCCAUUGGAUAUUAUGUCUACAUCACCUUUCUAGGAUACAAUGCGUUGCCGUUUCUGAAGAACACGGUGGUGCUCCUCUACCCGUUCGCCGUGCUCGGCCUCCUCUACAUCCUGUCCGUGUGUCUGGGCUGGAACUUCACCAAGGGCCUGUGCUGGUUCUACAAGUACCGGGUGCAGUAGGAGGGGCCCGGGGCCUGUGCUGGUUCUACAAGUACCGGGUGCAGUAGGAGGGGCCCCGGGGCUGCCCCAGGCCAAGCUGGGCCACUCAAAGACUCUCUAGUCCAGGGGACGUGCAGAAAGACCUGCUUUUGCUCUUUUUCUUUUUUGGAGAGGGCCUGUGUGUGCCGUGAUUUUGUACAUCGUGUAAAUACUACUGUGGUUGUAGAUACAAAGGUGAAAAAAGUGAUGAUGGAUCGUUUAUAAGAUUUUUUUGGUUGUUUUUUUUAACUUGGCAAGAAGAUGUUUCUGCUUGAGGAGAAGAAGGAGCAGAAUGUCAGUUGUUGACUUGCGUUGGGUGACUUGCUUCUGAUCAGGAUGGGGCUGAGACAGCUUUCUGGUAAUUCUUUUCCUCAGAUUGUACAUUCCCAAUUGUCUAUCACAGCACCUUCAAUAAAAGGUUUCCUUUUUUUUUACAGUU